CAGGCGACCAACGACGAUGGCGGGACGGACGACGGGCAGGUGCAGUUCCGCUCGCUGAUCGCGCAGGGGAUCCUGCACCUGUAUGAGGGCUGGAGCGGCUUCACGCGAUACUGGGACGAGUGCUCGAGCACGCCGUUCCUGCGGUCGGGGGCGGCGGACCAGGUGGUGACGUAUGACGACCCGCUGUCCCUGGGCCUCAAGGCGGCGUUCGCCCGGCAGUCGGGGAUGCUCGGCGUGAAUAUGUUCGAUGUGCAUGGGGACACGGACCAAUGGGACCUGACGGAUGCGCUCAGGAAAGGUCUUGGCGUGUCCUGAGUGGCGGCGAAUCUUCUGAACUGCUGUGUUUCGCGCGUUCAUCCGGUGUUAGCUCUGACUCUACUGUGCUAUCUAGAUGUUGUGCAGUUUCUGGUUGACUGCAUGGGUACACAUCUCGUUUCCAUUGCACCCCGCCGGUCUCAUGCUGAAAUGGUCAUCUUGGGAAAUUGGCGAACGGUCAGCAUCGUUAUGCAAUGAACGGAUCGCGGCAACGUCCCAAACAUACGUGAUCAAUUACGGGUCUCUCCUUAUUCUUCGUAUAUUAUAAUCAAGUCGUCAUGGAGGCAUAACACGGAAGAGGCUGAUCAUGUUGUACGUAGACCUAUAUCUACACUAAAAGAGUCCUUUAGGAUAUGUCACGGAAGGGAUUAAGUGCGGAACAUUGAUAUUCCACACUUAAACCCAUCCAUACAAUGUUGUAUCUGUUUGUCGCAAGCAUGCUAGCUCCCUAGCCCUUCAUAUAUUCGUCUGUGAUUGCGUAGAAAGACAGUCCGGCGUGUGGGUAUUUGAUGUAUACCCCUGCCGAGGAGUGGGUAUGUUUGAAUGGACAGGGAAUCGGGUGCGAAUUUUUGGCUUAAUGGAGCAUAAACGAUUUUGGCGGCCACGGAUGGGCUGUGUACCAUGACUUCAGUCAAAAUUACACGCCAACAAGGACAAGUGGCGUACUGGUAGCGGAUGUUGUCUUUUCAUAUUAAUUAAAGCCCAAGGGCCUUCUUCCAGUUAGGCGUGGCAGAGGGCAUGCUA